AUGGGAGCACGCGUGGUGCCCCAGCCUUGCCCCAGCCGGCCGUGUGUGGCAGCAGCACGGCGGGGCGAGGCGGCAGCGCUGCCAGAACCUUCUCAGGCGGCGCGGCGGGGAACGGCUGCCCCGCAGGGCGGCAGGGCACCACGGGCCUUCCUCGGGUCUGCACCCGAGGGGACGGCUCCGGCACAGCCGCCAGCUGAGCGCUUCAAGGGGAGGGGCAGGACGGGGGCCCUCCAGAGGUGUCUCACCGCCAUUUUGAAGGCGUGGGCGAUGAAGCGGCUGCAGGCACAUCAUGGCGGCCGGGGGAAAGCGCGGCUCCUCAGGCUGGCGGUCUGGGCAGCGCUGGGGGCCUCUCUCCUCCUCAGGGCGGGCAGCCAUCCUCCACCACCGGGCUAUGCUCUCCACGAGAUAGUCCAGCCGAGGAAACUGUCCCCCAGGGCGGGAAAAGCUGUGGGGGGAAAAGUGUCUUACGUCCUCAGGGUGGGCGGGGAGAACCACAUCAUCCACCUCAGGCAGAAGAGAGGACUUCUGGCGAAAAACCUGCCGGUCAUCACGUACAGCCGCAGGGGGGCAAGGAGAGUGGAGCAGCCCUAUGUCCCUGAGGACUGCUUCUACCUGGGCUACGUGGAGGGCAGCCCCGGGUCCCGCGUCACGCUGAGCACCUGCUCGGGCCUGAGGGGGAAGCUGGAAAUCAGGAACCUGAGCUACAGCAUCGAACCUGUGCCAGGGUCCCUCACCUUCCAGCACCUUCUCUAUCGGCGAGAGGAGACCCAGAACAUGUCCUCAAUGUGUGGAUUGACAGAUGAGAUGAUCCGAAAGCAGCUGCAUAGGAUGGGAGCUAAAACACUCUUAGGAAAGCAGGACUUGUCUCAGAGACCGAAGCAGACUAUGUAUGUUGAGAUAUUUGUUGUGGUGGACCACUAUCUGUUUUCCUUCCAAGGGAGCAAUGAGACCUCCACGAUGCUUCUGGUUAUAGAUACAAUCAAUUUAUCUGAAACAUACUACUCUCCUCUGAAGGUUCGCAUCUGCCUGAUCGGGCUGGAGAUCUGGACACACAGCAACUUCAUCAGUUACAGCCAGGACAUAGAAGAAGUUCUUGACAAUUUUAACAACUGGGCAAAUAAAGAUCUUUCUCGGAGGACACAAUACGACAUUGCACAUUUAUUUACUUACAUGGACUUCGGCCUGUCCCUUGGGCUGGCCUUUGUUGGUAGCAUCUGCCUGCGCGGUUAUCAGUCAGCUGUUAUCUCACAUAUCCGCAAAGAUUUCAUAACCUUUACAAUUGUUUUUACUCAUGAGCUGGGUCACAACCUAGGGAUGAGGCACGACAAAAAGGAGUGUGUGUGCGGAGAAACCAACAAGUGCUACAUGGCGGGGAGCUUGAUUGUCAACGCCAAGGCUUUCAGCAACUGCAGCCAGCAGAACUACUUCGACCUGCUCAGCAGAGGGGAUGGCAACUGCCUGCGCAACGUUCCCGAGCCCCACAGACUCUUCCGUUUUCAGCGCUGUGGCAACAAGGUGAUCGAAGAGGGAGAGCAAUGUGACUGUGGGAGGCCACAGGAGUGCCAAGGCGAUCCCUGCUGCCACCAAAACUGCACCCUGAAGCCGAGGGCUGUCUGCUCUGUUGGGCAAUGCUGUCACAAGUGCCACUUUCGUGCUGCAGGACACAAGUGCAGGGUUGAGGCCGACGAGUGUGACUUGCCUGAAUAUUGCAACGGGUCUUCAGAGUGGUGCCCAGAGGAUCUCCACGUGCACGACGGGACACCCUGCAAGAAUGACGGCUACUGCUACCGUGGGAAAUGUCCCACCUAUGACAACCUGUGCCAGAAAAUCUUUGGGGAAGAAGCUCGGGGUGCUCCAGAAAGUUGCUUCAAAAAUCAGAACAUGAAAGGGAAUCGAUUCGGCAACUGCGGCAGCAAAGGGGCUAAACCUGUUUUUGUGAAAUGUAAACCCAAAAGCGUGCUGUGCGGAAGGCUGCAGUGUGUCAACGUGAAGAGGAUCCCUGUCCUGGAGGGGUAUGAAACCAUUGUUCAGAUUCCAGGGCCCGAGGGUUGGUGCUGGGGCACAGCCUACCACACCGGCAUCGAUACACCUGAUAUAGGAGGAGGGCUUGAUGGCACCAGAUGUGGGCCAGAAAAGAUCUGCAUUAACAAGACUUGCACAGCUGUCAUGCUUAGGACCGAGUGUGAUGGGAACAUUUUGUGUGGGGGGAAAGGGGUCUGCAACAACCUCAGACAGUGCCACUGCAAAGCUGGCUGGGCUCCUCCAGACUGCCAGUUCCACGGCCCGGGAGGGAGUGUGGGCAGCGGCCCCCCCCCACCUCUCAGGAAGUCCCUGGGGGAGAUUGUCCGUAGUAAAGCAUUUAGGAUAGGAAUUGGGAUCACGGUUCCCCUUUUUCUCAUGUUUGCUCUCCUCGUUGCUGUAAGCAAAUACAGAAAGGAAAUAGCUGCAUUUUUCAGUACCAAGUUAUCCAAAGAGAGCAGUGAGACUUCUACAGAGGAGGAGGAGCAGGAAGAGGAGGAGGACGAGGAGACGACUACGGAUGAAGAACAAUCAGAUUUUUAAAAACCAAAAACAUGAAAGCAGUGGGAAACUCUCCAGCUGAGGUUUGGAAAGGACUCUGGGCCCUGUGGGUAUGACCCUGAAGCUGGACUGCUAGUCCCAGGAGAUUUUCCACAAAG